UCUCAGUAUGCUGGCAUCAACAUCGGUCCUGUCCACAAGAAGGACGUCAUGAAAGCUUCCACUAUGUUGGAGCGUGAUCCACAGUAUGCAGUGAUCCUGGCUUUUGAUGUGAAAAUAGAGCGAGAUUCUCAGGAGCUGGCCGACAGCCUCGGUGUGCGUAUUUUCAGCGCCGAGAUCAUCUACCAUCUGUUUGAUGCCUUCACCAAAUACAGAGAAGACUACAAGAAACAGAAACAGGAUGAGUUCAAACACAUAGCCGUGUUCCCCUGUAAGCUGCGUAUAUUGCCCCAGUUCAUCUUCAACUCCAGAGAUCCCAUCGUCAUGGGUGUCACUGUGGAGGCUGGAGUACUGAGGACGGGCACUCCUGUGUGUGUGCCCAGCAAAGGGUUUGUAGAUAUUGGCAUUGUGACCGGUAUCGAAAUAAAUCACAAGUCUGUAGACAGUGCUAAGAAAGGACAGGAGAUCUGUGUGAAAAUCGAGCCAAUUCCUGGAGAUGCACCCAAGAUGUACGGCAGACACUUUGAAGCUGUAGACAUCAUUGUUAGCAAGAUCACCCGUCAGUCGAUUGAUGCUCUGAAGAACUGGUUCAGAGACGAGAUGCAGAAAUCAGACUGGCAAUUAAUCAUGGAACUGAAGAAAACCUUUGAAAUCAUCUGAACACACCAGUGACUGUGACUGACGUAGAUCUCAAAUGCCCCCCUGUGCGCACAUACAAACGCUAUACGUUGUACACUCCUAAAGGUCACGUGUGAUUCUGGAGUCAUCAGUGUCGCUCAUACAUUUAAGGACAUUUGUACUCCGACACAGCCUUGCACAGUCCCGUAUCGAGGACUAGUUUCUCGUAUGCAUGGGCGAAAACUCACAACACUCCUCUUUUCCUCUCCAACUCUUUUUGGGUGGUGGGGAGUGUUGGAGACAAAAAAAAAACUUUUUUCUGUGAGAAACUGAAACUAUUACCACCGUUUUAAACAGUGACAAAUGUUAGAAAAUGUUAGACAACCUUUACAAUUAUUCCAAACGUGCCUGUUCUCUCUUGAUCAAUCCAGUUUAUUUUUCUGAGGUCUGACCUUAGAUUUACAUCAAAAGUUAUAAAGUGACAUCAGUGUGGCUCUCGUGAAUGACUGCUGGAGAUUUCGCCAGGGUUUUAGAUAUCUAAAAAACACUUACCUUAUCAGUAUUUUCAUUUGCCCUGCUUUUUUCUUUCCUUUCUGGAGUGCAGUUCUUAAAUAGUCCUUUUUAAAAGUAUCAUCCCAGCCAGAAACGGACUCUCUCCUCGUCUCCCUCUCUCGGGUUUCCUUUGUGCCCACGGACACCUUCACCCGGAGUGUGUGAACUUGGAUGAAAGGCCCUUCCCGUCCUCAUUUUGAAUAUGAAAUAUCAAAGAAAUUGACAGGUGAAAAUCAACAAUAACGAGAUGGCCUAUUUA